AUGCUGUGGCUUCAGAUAGCCAGCCAGACGGCCGUCGCCCUCCUCGCUCUUGUGGCACGCAUCCAAACCUACGGCAACUUCAGCACCUCAUACACGGUCGCCCUCUUACUCGACGCGGCGUGGCCACAUCUGCUCUUUAUUGCAGAUGAUGUCACCCACUCCUAUAUCAAGUCCAAUUUCUUGCUUGCGGCUCCUCCAGCACGUUACUCGCUCCCGGCGGCACCGACGAUACCAUCCUCGAAAGACCUGCUUCAAUGGAUGCAUACCCCCGAUGUCUAUGAAAGUCUGCACAUACCAUCACUCACUGCGACUUCCAUUACACGGCCAUCUACUGUCACUGCAACAUCGAACAGUACGACGUCCUCUAUGCGGCUCGAAUAUCCAACGAAGGACAUUGUCAUACGGGAGGAGCUCAUUAAUCCUGCCGCUUCUAUCUUGACGUACCUCGUGGCAUAUGGUACCUUCACGAUUGCAAUCGCAUGCUGCAGCGUCUAUCUCGUUCUAAAACGCCAUCAACGAGGGCGUAUCCUCUCGGUCAAUGUUGAGGCUAAAUCGGAAGAUAACACCAGCGCACUUCCACCAUUUAUUGAAGAGCUUAUUCUCAACGGUAGGAAUGCCUCGACAGACAAUAUACCCCACGCCCCCAGACAAAAGUCCAAUCUAUCCACAUUCUGGACUGUUGAAAGUCACGAAAGUAUGGUUUCAUGGCUUCGCGAAGUACCGACAAUGAAUGAGCUGAGCGUAGAUGCAUGGAUAGGAAUUUCUGCAGACCGAACCGCCCUAUACCCUGAUGCAGUGCCACAAUCUGAGAGAGGUGGCAUUGCCAAUACCUUUGAUACCCAGGCCGCUCAAACGGCGCAGACAUCGCUGGAGCAUGCAUCUGCAGACCCCCAUCUUGAUUCCACCGACAUGGAGACAACAACAAACAAUGUUUAUGAGACAACGCCCCUCGAGGGCGACCAUGUGCCCAUGGACCUGUCCCUGUCAACCGACGUUGGUACACGCAUCCAUGAUGUGAACCACGCGGCAGGAAAUCCAUGCCACGACAGGGGGUGCACGAGGAAGGAAAGAAGCAACCAGCGGCGCGUUCGGAUGAGUUGA